CACAGCACCUGCAGGGAGGUGGCCGCUGAUGCAGCCGACAUGGCGGCCACCACCACCGCCCGGGCCAGGGAGCAGCAGGACAAGGCUGGAUGUGAUGGGACAGCUCAGGAAAACAUGGUGGAGCUGGGUCAGGCCCUGGGCAGGGAGGAGGGGGCCGAGGUGGUGGCCGGGCAUGAAGCCCAGGUGAGGAGAGAGGCCUGGGUGGCUGCCAACAAUGCAUCCAGGGCCACCAUGGUGAGACAGCGGCUGGAGGCGGCCCUGGGGCUGCUGGAGCGCUUGGUGGCCGCGUGUGCUGAAGCCACCGUGUUCCCCCGGGAGCUGUUGCACAGAGUUGGGGACAUCGAGGCUUCCCUGAAGGGGACAAGAGAGCGGUUCCCCGAUGUCCCCGAGGACUUGGUGGCCAAGGUGGCCGUGGCCGAGCGGCUGUGGGAGGCCAACGCCCGCCUGGCCAAGGGUCACCUACUGGGGGCAGUUCCAGACACCAUCAAGUUCUUGUUCAGUGGUGGUCCCGCCAGCUCCAGUUCCUGUGGCGUGGCCGAACAGUGCCAAAGAGCCACCGAGGACAUCCCAAGGCUCCUUCGACCCCCGGAGCAUCCCCAGAGCAUCCCCACGGUGUCCCCAGUGAGCAUGGAGCCCCAAGAGGUGUCCCCUCUGCAGCUGCAGGUGCUGGUGGCUGUGGUGGCCACCCUGGGCGAGGUGGUGGCCACCGUGACGGGGACAUACAGAGCCAAGUGCCUGUACGAGUCCCCAGACUCCCUGCAUGAGGACCUGAGGAGAUUCACCUGGAGACUCCGUAGGACCCUGAACCACAGCAGUGUCCCCUCCUUGGGCCACCGUGGUGUCCCCUCCCUGGGCCGGGCCCUGGCUGCCCUCAGGGCAACCCCUGGGACCACCUGGGCCGAUGUGAGAGCCGCGGCCAGCGCCUGGCGGGAGUCGGUGGCCAAGCUCGUGGAUAGCUGGGACCAACUGGCCAGGGAGGCCACCAAGCUCCGUGACACCUGUGGGACGGUGGUCACGGACCAGCAGCUGAUGGUGGCCCUGGACAAGGAAGAGGUGGCCCGGGAAAUGGCCAUGCCCAAUGCCCAGGGGGCGGCAGCCACCAAUGAGGCCAUGGGAGAGGCUGUGGCGGCCACCACAUGGGAAAAUCGGGCAGAGGUGGCCCUGGGCCUGCUGCAGCGCUUGGUGGCCACGUGUGACAGAGCCACUUUGUUCAAUUGGAACAUGGAGUGCCAGCUCAGGGACAUUGAGGCCAUCCUGAAGGGGACAAAGGAGGUGUUCCCUGAUGUCCUCCAGGCCUUGGGGGCCAAGGUGGCCAAGUUUGAGCGGCUGUGGGUGGCCAGCGCCCGCCUGGACAAGGAUCACCUGCUGGGGACACUUGGGGUCAUUGACAACAUCCUCUUGAGUCCCUAUGGUGGCCAUGGUGGCCCCGGUGGCCCCGGCAGCCGCGCGGUGGCCGAGCGGUGCCAAAAAGCCAUCGAGGACAUCCCAGGGCUGCUGUGGGGACAGUGAUGUCACCACUGUGACUUCAUCGGGGCAGUGAUGUCACU